AUGAUUAUAGUCUUAUAUUUACUUUUCCUAGCACUAAUUCCCUCUUGGGCAAAGCUAUCAUUUAAUUUCACUAGUUUCAGCCCAAAUAAUCACGACUUAAAUUACUCCGGAGAUGCUGCACCUUCUAGUCCGGUAAUUCAACUCACCCGAAAUCAACAGGACCAACAAAUGCAUUCGAGUACAGGUCGAGUCACAUAUCACAAGUUAUUUCAUCUUUGGGACAAAAGUUCAGGUGACUUGGCCGAUUUCACCACCCGAUUUACGUUCAUCAUAAAUGCCGGGGACCAGGCUAUGUACGGUGAUGGAAUCGCCUUCUUUCUUGCACCAGACGGGUUUGAAAUUCCUUCUAAACAAGAAGGUGGUGGAAUUGGGCUUGCCGGUGGGGACCAGGUGCUUAACUCGACGUUGAACCCGUUUGUAGCAGUAGAGUUUGAUACGUUUACGAAUGAUUGGGAUCCGGUUGGUGAUCAUGUUGGUAUCAACAUAAACUCCAUGAUAUCGGUUACGAAUGUGACAUGGUCAAAUCUUGUUUCUGUUGGAGAAAUGAACACAGCCAGGGUAACUUACAACUCUACCGCAAAAAGGCUAAGCGUUGCGUUUACAGGGUUUGAUGGAGAUCGCGUUUUCACACAGCGACUUAGCACACAAGUUGAUCUCAGAGAGUAUCUACCAGAAAAUGUUAGCAUCGGGUUUUCAGCUUCAACUGGUGACUAUUAUGAGAUUCACACUCUUCAUUCUUGGGAUUUCGAAUCAAGUUUGCCAAUUGAUGAACAGAUCAUUGGUCCAAUAGGUACAAUAACUACCGCUUUUGCACCCGCACCCAUUCCAUCAGCCGCAGAGACGGUUGAUGUUCCUGACAAUGCACGAACCAAGGUAGUGUUGGGUCUCAGUCUAGGUGUCUCGGUAUGUGCUUUAGUUACCGCGUUUUUCAUAUUUCGUUCGUUGAAAAAGAGAGUGAUUAUAUCCCGAAAGAAAAACGAAGAUGUGAAUAACAUGAUUGAUGCUACACAAGCAUUUGGGAUUGAGACUGGACCGAAGAAGUUCACAUACAAACAACUUGCCAUUGCAACAAACAAUUUCGCAGAGGGAGAGAAGAUAGGACAAGGUGGUUUUGGCGGCGUUUAUAAAGGUUUCUUAAAGGAAAUUCAUUCUCAUGUGGCUGUCAAGAAGAUUUCAAGUGGAUCCAAACAAGGAAUAAAAGAGUAUGCAGCCGAAGUGAAGACCAUUAGCCAACUGAGACACCGAAACUUGGUUAACCUCAUCGGUUGGUGCCAUGAAGGCAAAGAACUCUUACUUGUUUACGAGUUUAUGUCAAAUGGAAGCUUGGAUUCUCAUCUCUUCAAAGGAAGUUGUUUGUUGACUUGGUCAAUUAGGUACAAUGUUGUUAAAGGAUUAGCCGCAGCAUUGCUUUAUCUUCAAGAAGAAUGGGAACAGUGCGUUUUGCAUAGAGAUAUCAAAUCAAGUAAUGUUAUGCUUGACUCCAGUUUUAACGCUAAGCUUGGGGAUUUUGGUUUGGCUAGGCUUGUUGACCAUGAAAAAGGGUCACAAACCACAAUAUUGGCAGGUACAAUGGGUUACAUGGCUCCUGAAUGUAUCCUAACAGGCAAAGCUGGCAAGGUGUCAGAUGUUUACAGCUUUGGGGUUGUUGCUCUUGAAAUAGCUACUGGUAAAAAACCACUUGACCAGAUGGCCGAAGAUGGUCAUAUCAGAUUGGUUGACCAUGUUUGGGACUUUUAUGGAAGAGGGAAGCUUAGUGAAGUGGCUGAUCCAAAACUAGAUGCUCAUUUUGACGAGGGCGAGAUGGAACGUGUGAUCAGUGUGGGACUUUGGUGUGCUCACACUGAUCCCAAUGCCCGGCCUUCCAUAAAGCAAGCGAUUCAAGUUCUAAACUUUGAAGCACCAUUUCCCAGCCUUUCAAAAACAGUGCCAUCAGCAAUUUUUGCAACACCAGUCAACAUGUCUGCAUUCUGGUCUUCACCAUCUAUUGAUCUCACAGGUUCAGGGACCGCCUCAUCUUCAGCCUCCUCAACGACAGAGACACAAUAA